CCGCUCACACGAUCGACAUUCUAUCUUCAUUCCAGCUCUCCGAAGCAACAUGAACGCUAAGAUCAUCAUCGCCUUGGCUUUGGUGGCUGUGGCAGCCGCUGACAAGAGGCCAUCAACAUCUUAUGGCCCUCCACAGGCUCUGCGCCCACAGUCCCGCCCCUCUUUUGGUUCCUUCGAGUCCGACGAAUCUUCUGAGCCUGCCAAGUACAACUUCGAGUUCGACGUCGAUGAUGACUCCACUGGCGCCAGCUUCGAGCACCAGGAAGCCCGUGACAUCGACAACACCCAGGGAUCCUACACCGUCCAGCUCCCAGACGGACGUCGCCAGACCGUCAAGUACUACGUCAACGGAGACUCAGGCUACGUAGCCGAGGUCACCUACGAGGGAGAAGCCCGUUACCCAGACUCUGAUGAGUCCAGGGAGUUCUCAGCUCCCAGACCAUCCUACUCCGCUCCCAGGGCCCCCAGACCAACAUACGGAGUCCCUCAGUAAUUCCAGAACCCAAGUCUUGGGAGUUCUUAGCGCCCAGGCCUAGUACCUCAACUCCUUGUGGUGGUCCUAGACCAGUCAAUUGAGAACAGUAAUAUUUUCCUAGACUUGAUGAGGCAAAGGAGUUCACAGCUCACAAGGGGCCUCUUAGGGACCUUUGCCACCCAGUAAUUUCCGAAAUCUUGUUACGAAGAUUAUCUGAAGAAACCCAGUACUCUUUCGAGGUAGUGAUGUUUUUUCAGGUAUUCUAAACGACGACUUGUACCACCCGACCAUUUACUGCAAUCUUCUAUGGUGCAGUGUGGAAUUUUCUGUUCUUUAGCUUUAUCUUCUAUGUUUUUCUUUUGAUAUAAAUUAUGUUAUGUAAUAAAUUAUUCUUAUUGC